AUGGCUCCAUCUAGUGACUUCUGUCAGGGCAGUUGUGUUCUUACUGUUCAGCUCAGCGAUAGAGAGCUGCUGUGUGAUGCAGAACUGAAUACAGACGAUGUGGAGUUUUUCUUGCUUCUCACUGGAUCCACUCAGAGGCACGUCAGCAGCACUUUAAGGGUCAGUCAUGACACCCUACAGCUGGUCUGUCCAGCUCACGGCUGCUGUGAGUCGGUCGAGGUCACCCUGUGCUCUGCAACUCCAGACGGUCUCGUCCAUUGCAUCUCCUCAGAUCAGAUGUGUUUCGUUCAGGACUUGGCCUUAGACAUGGCUAAGUUCCUGGUGAGUGCGGUGGAAGAGGCCGACCCGAUGGAAGGAGCGCUGUUGCUGGAUGAGCGUCACAUUCCUCUCCAGGAGUGUGAAAGGAUGGACGAGAGCCUGGCGCUCGCUCUCUCGCACCUAGAGCUGCCUUCUGACUGGAGUCUUCUGGGUUACAACGAAGCUUUGGAGCCUCAUGAGACUCUGCUGCACUUCGCCGCUCGUCGUGGACUCCAGCGAGUUACCCGCUUCCUUCUGCAGCAGCCUGGAGCUCAACAGGCACUAGCACUUCCCAACAGAGAAGGCGAGACCCCGGCUAGCCUUGCACAGAGCCGCGGACACGGUGCACUGCUGGACCUUCUUACACAGGAGGAGACAGGCACCCAGGAUAGCACCAGGACGAGCAGACGGGGGUCCUCCGCAGCCCGUUCGGUUCGGCACCACCCGAGCGUGAACACCUACACCCUGUCAGUGGCCACCGAGAGUGGCACAGCGCCACACAGCCUGCAGGUCGACGUGCAGGAACUGCGUAGCCUGAUCCUCCAAAACACAACGCAGGUCGAGAUCACCGCCAACUGCAGUCAGCUUCCGCCACCACCCAGUGCAGAUGACCCGGAGACCAGCAAGUCCUGUUUUGAACAUUCGGAACAGAACGACGUCAACACCACAGAGGAAAAUUUUACCCCUGUUCAUGUGAAAGGAUACCAAAAGGAGCAGCACAGCUGUACGGGUCCGGUCCAGCAUUGUGAGGGCGACGGAGAUCCCUCCUUUAAUGCCGAGGCUUUCGGCGACAGUGACGAGAGCGAUGAGAACCAGGCGUGUUCUUGUAAAAACAUCAACAGUGAUGAUAAAGUGCAAGCAUUAAGCGAAGGGGAAGAUAGCCGUGAGAGCAUACAAAGCAGCCCUGAAGGAGAAAGUGCAGCUUCAUCCUGUAACAAGGAGCAAGAGGAAACUGAUAAAGCUCAGGACUCGGUCUGCCAGGUACAGUGGAACUCUAAGAGGCUGAAAAGGAAAAAGCAGAGCGGCUUGGGGAGACCAGAUGAAGACCAGCUUUGGGACUUAUCAGAGCUAGAAGAUAUGGGAAUCACGCAGUCUGUAGGCACGCCUGAAAGUUCAGACCAGGAGUCUUAUUCCGAGGGAACAGGACGUGAUGACGAGAGAGAGGAAUCGGUGGAGAACGAGAGAAUAAAUGAAGAGCUGGGGAAUACAAACCAAGCAAUGACCCAGUCAUCAAAUGCUUCAUUUGACAAGGACGGGCAAGAAUCAUAUGAGCCUGAGUCUUCACCUUCUGUGCAUGACAGGCUGGAAGAAAAUGCCUCCCGUCAGGCCUCCUGUGAAACACCAGGUGACGGCUGUGAACGAAAAGAAGACAGCGUUGAAGUACAGGAAGAAGAUAGCCUUUCGUGUCUCGAUUCUAAAACACAAAGUCCCAAACAAUUUGAUCCAAGCUGUCAUCAUAGUCCUCCAGAGGACACAUGUCAAAAUAAUUCUGAUCAACUUCAGACAGUCCUAGACGCCAAGCCUGCUCUGUGUACUCCUUCUGGUUAUAGUUCUGAACCGGAUGACAUGUCUGACGUGACGGAUAACAUCAUCUCUGUCUCACCAGAAACGAACGCUGAAACCAAGGAAGCCGCGAAGGAUCCAGACCAAACAGAGGAAAGUGAAAGUGAUAGUGAUGGACAAAGUUUGGGAUGCUCCUAUGAUGCUCAUCUAGGUGUAGAAUCUUCAACACUGAGGAAUCCUGAGGAAACUGAAGGUAUAUCCUCAGACGAGGAACAAUCAGGUUCUCGUAGUGACCAGAAAGUUCCCCCAGAACCGAAUGUUUCCCAGAAAUGCUACGUUCAGGACACGCCCGAGUACCAGGUUUCAGAGGCAGACUCGACAGAAAACACAGAAAACCCUGAUAGUUUAGAAAGUGUCGUAAACAUUGUAGAGAAAAAUCUACAGCCUUGUCUGGACUGUAAUGACGGUCGAUCGUUUUCUUUAAAUGAAACGGAUACAGUAAAGAGUUCAGUCUCAUUUGGAGAGGAAGUAAGGAUGCCUGAACCUGCCGUUUGCUCCAAUCUCGGAUUAUUGGACUCCUCAGAUUCUGUGGUUACGGAAUGUAUUGAGGUUAAAGAAACGCUGGAAACAGGGGCUGGACUACAGAACAAGGAUGAGGAUAAACCUGUCAAAGUUCCUCAAAAAGGAGUGGAUGGUGAUUCAGAACAUCAGAUGGACUUUGAUACAGAGAUGAUUCCUGAUAGAAGCACAAAUGAUGAUGCAUCUGUGAUUCACAGAGAGGGGCACUCGGUCGGUCUCGACGGCUCCACGCACGCCAACGGGUCUCUGGAAAAGAGGCACAGCUCAGAGUCCACAGACAGCGUUCCGUCUUCGGUCCAGCACAGUACAGGCAGCACGACCCUCCGAGACUCAGGAAGUGACACGGAUGGCUGUACCAGCACCGACACGGGAGAGGAGGGCAUCUUCAGAAAGGGUCAGGAAGCUGUAGGUGCCAGCGACACCGCGAGCGAAGUGUCCGUGUCCUGCUCGUCCACAGACGACACUGCCAGCCUGCACCAGCCGAGCUCCUCUACAGAAAGCUGCGAGGACGUGCAGCGGCGAGGAGGAGGCGCAGGAGGAGGAGCAGAGGCCGAGGAGGAAGCCAACGACUGCGUGACCGAGGUUCCGCUGCGCUCGGCUCUGCUGCGCUCGUCUAUCCGAUCGCUCUCCCCGUUCCGUCGGCACAGCUGGGGGCCGGGCAAGAACCCGGCCGGAGAGGAAGACAUGAAUCAGCGCAGUUCUGUACGGAGGUCCCGGGACCAAAAGCCCAUGUUUCAUAGAAGAAGUCUUAGCUGGUGUCCCACUGAUGCCCCCUUCAGUUCAGACCUGGAUGAGAUUAGUCAGCUCCUCAGUGUCAGUCUGGAGGGUCUGGCAGCAGGGCGGAGUGAUGGGAAACAAUGGCAGGCGCAGGAGGCACGUUCAUCUCGGAGCCAGCUCAGUGAAGACACGGGCUCCCAGGUGUCCCUCACCGAGGAGGGGCUGGACUCAGACCUGGGGGACAGCAGCAAUUUGGACAUUCAGAAAUUGAGGAAAUCUCGGCCAUUGAGACGCGCCUGCCAGUCUAUGACUCUGCCCCUCCGAGAGUCCGUGUCCAUGCUGUCCAUCAGCCAGAGGGACAUCGAUGGUAUGAGAUACUUUGCUAGCAAUUCUCUCCGAUACAGUAUAACGGAAGAGGAGCCGGGCUCAUUACGCAUGGGUUUUGAAGAAAAAAAUGAAAACAAAGUCAGCCGCACUUUCAGCUACCUGAAGAGUAAAAUGUACAAGAAAAGCAGGGAGAAAGAGAAGAGCCGGGAGAAGGAGCGAGAAGCCAGAGAGAAGAAAGCUGUAAAUGGACACGUGUUUAGCUCUGUGAGCUCCGUCCAUACAGCUCUGUGUCCUAACUGUAACAAAACCCUCACCGCUAAAGACACCGUCGGCUGUUCAGGCUGUAGUGUGAAUGUUCACAAGAGCUGCCAGGACAGCAUUCCUACCUGCACAAAGGGGAAGCCCCAGUUUGUCAUACCAGACACGACCAGCAUGCCUGGAGUUACUUUAAGAACAAAAACCUCUGCACCACGGGAAAGGCCCUGGUCGGCAAUCUUAUCUCCAGAAAACCACCACCCACUGCUAACCGCCCCUCGCAGACACACCAGCAUCAUGCCCUUACCCAACAGCAACCUCUCCAAAAGCAUGUCCAUCAACAACAUAGCAGGACUGGAUGAGAUGCCAUUAAAAGGUCCGAGAUAUUUGUCCCAGUCCACCGACUCCUUGGCCAAAGUCAACAAGGUCAACCUGUCCACAGAGUCUCUAAUAGAUGAAGGAACAGAGACCGAUGGGCAGCUGAUGGGCGAAUUCGAAGCAGAUGCUAGAGAGCUGGAGGCCGAGCUGUGGAGUUCGACCACGGAUAAAGACUUUCUAAAGAAACUGAAAAAGAACGUCAUUAAGAAACAAGAGGUCAUUUAUGAGCUCAUUCAGACGGAGAUGCACCACUUGCGGACGCUGAGGAUCAUGGAGGACGUGUACUUUAAGGGCCUGCUGAACGAGGUUCACCUGGAGUUGCAGACGGUGGAGAACGUGUUCCCAGUGCUGGAUGAUCUGCUGAAACUGCACACAAACUUCUUCAGCAGCCUGCUGGAGAGGAGGAAGGAGGCCAAACAGGAUGGAUCCUUCAUCGUCAGCAGGAUAGGAGAUAUACUGGUCAACCAGUUUUCGGGCACUAACGGCGAGAAAAUGAAGAAAGUCUACAGCAAGUUCUGUAGCCGUCAUAACGAAGCGGUGAACCUAUACAAGGAGCUGCACACCAAAGACAAGCGCUUCCAGAGUUUCAUCAGGAAUAAGAUGAGCAGUAGUGUUGUACGUCGGAUGGGGAUCCCAGACUGCAUAUUAUUAGUCACUCAGCGGAUAACCAAGUACCCGGUCCUGCUGCAGAGGGUCCUUCAGCACACCAAAGAGAAUGAAGAGGACUUGGAGGACCUGACCAAAGCUCUGCAACUCAUUAAAGAAGUAAUAGCAGCUGUGGACGGCAAAGUAAACGAGCACAAGAAGAAGCGGAGGCUGGAGGAGAUCUACAACAGAACCGACGGCAGAUCCAUCAUGCGCAUGAAGAGCGGUCAGAUGUUCGCUCGGGAAGAUCUCAUACGAGCCAGGAAGCUCAUCCACGACGGUCCGCUCCUGCUCAAAAUGGCAACAGGACGACUGAAGGAUGUCCAAGCCCUGCUGCUCUCGGACGUCCUGGUGUUCCUGCAGGAAAAGGAUCAAAAAUACGUCUUCGCUUCACUAGACCGGCGCGCCACCGUCAUCUCUUUACAAAAGCUGAUCGUCCGAGAGGUGGCUAACGAGGACCGGGGUCUGUUUCUCAUCACCGCUGGGAUACAGCAGCCCGAGAUGGUGGAGGUUCACGCCACGUCGCGGGACGAGCGCAACACCUGGAUGCAGCUCAUCCAGGACGCCAUGCAGUCGAUAGAGAAAGACGACGACGAGGGCAUCCCUAGCGAGACAGAGGAAGAUAAAAAGCUGCUGGAAUCCAAAGCGAAAGAGAUGAGAGACAUGCUCCAGAGGAAGGACGAUCAGAUCCUGACUCUCCUACAGGAGAAGAUGAAGCUCUUUCACGACAUGUGUGGAUCUGGAUCCGCCGAUGACGCGCCCUCAGCCACCAGAAUGCUUUUCAGAUCCUGUAGUGACGACAGGCCCAAAGGGGAUCGUCUCCUGAAGGACGCUAUUAAAGAAGUGGAGAUGCUGCAGACUCUGGUGCACAGCGGCCUGGGCGGAGCCGUGGGACAGCAGGCAGCCGGAGAUCCCGUAAACACCACGUCAGUGUUUCUUCCACGCAGAUCUGAGACCUUCGGAGGAUUUGAUAGCCACCAGAUGAGCAGCUCCAAACAUGGAGAUAAAGAAGAGGCUGAAGACCUGAGGAGGACAGAGUCUGACGGCGUUCUAAAGAAGGGGGGGAACACCAACCUGCAGCUCGUGCUGAAGAGAAACAAAGAGCAGGUCCUGAGUAGUGUUACACACCUUCAUGACGUCCUCAGUUCACUGCAGGCAGUGGUGGUACAGCAGGACACCUACCUAGAGGAGCAGCGCGUCGCUCUGAACGAGCGCGUAUCUGCCCGUCCCCCGUCUCGGCUCCCGUCUCUGGUAGAGCAGGAAAAGCAGCGCAGCGCCGAGCGCCACCGGCAGGAAUUAGCCGCUCACGCCGAGGAGAGGAGGCGCAGGGAGAGGGAGUGGGAGGCCCGAGAUAAGGAACUCGGCAGCAGAGAGAUCAUCCUUCAAACGAAAGAGGAGGAGGCACGGAGGAGGCGCGGCGGGCUGGAGGAGACUCGGCGGGAGCUGCAGGCGAGGAAAGAGGACUACCAGAAAGAUCUGGAGAGGCUGAGGGACGCUCAGAGGAGACUGGAGAGGGAAAAGGAGCUGAUGCAGAGGGAGGCGGAAACUCUGGAAGAGCUUCGGAAGGCUGAGAGGAGCGUGUGUCGGACUCUGUCGAACACGUCGUCGGACGCGGUGAGCGUCCAGAGCGGCGGUUACGCGGAGCAAGACGAGGCCGGACUCUCCUCCAGUCCCAAGAAGAACUCCCUCUCCAGAAUGGACUCGAAACAGAAGGGUCGCAACCUCAAUCCGUUCAGCGGCUUCGCUCCUAAAGCUCUGUGUGCGGAAGGACAGUCGCAGCUUCCCAACCGGCUGCUGCAGCUCACCAAGUCCAAGGACAAAAAGGACAAGAAGAAGAAGAAGAACAAGUGCAAACCCUCUCAGGAAGCAGAAUCUCAUCUGCUGCUGCUGACCGAGGCUCCACUGGAACCAGAGAUUUUCUUCUGCUGAACCUCCUCUUCACUUCUUCACUCGGCCUGUACCUGCUGAAUGUAAAUCCAUGCAGGACGCCGGUUAUUCACUGCAAUCUUUAUUCUAUACGCUCUGCCUCUGAUUAUCAGAAAGAGAAAGCACUUUACGGACCUCAGCUAAUUACAGCAACGACAAUCAGACAAAAAGAAUAUACACUAUAUAGCCAAAAAUAUGUGGACACCUGAACCAUGAGCAUUUGAACAUUCAGUUCCAAAACCAUGGAAAUAUUAUGGAGCUGGGAUCCUGAUUGUGGCUAUAAAGACCUAUACUUUUCUGGGAAACUUUUCAAAUCAAAACGGGGCGGCAUGGUGGCUCAGUGGGUAGCACUGUGGCCUCACAGCAAGAAGGUCCUGAGUUCGAUCCCCAGGUGGGGCGGUCUGGGUCCUUUCUGUGCAGAGUUUGCAUGUUCUCCAGUCCAAAAACAUGCAGUCAGGUUAAUUGGAGACACUGAAUUGCCCUAUAGGUGAAUGGGUGUGUGUGUGUGUGUGUGUGUGUGUCUGCCCUGCGAUGGACUGGCGCCCCGUCCCGGGUGUUACUGUGUGCCUUGCGCCCACUGAAAAGCUGGGAUAGGCUCCAACAGCCCCCCACCCCCCUCAAGGGAGUGAGUGAGUAAAUCAAAACAGUAUUUAUUAAGGUCGGGAACUGAGGUCGGAUGAGAAGGCCUGGCUUGAAACUAGCCUUCCAAUUCAUCCCAGUAGUGAUGACUGGGGUUGAAGUUUCUGUACACCAAACUCAUCAAAUCAUGUCUUUAUAGAAAUGGCUCUGAAAAAUAAAAUGGCCUUCCUUAAACUGUUGGUACUAAGUUAAAAGCAUGUGAUUUACUUUAUGUCAUUCACAUUAAACACCUCGUGACACUGGAUGUGUCUGAAACACUUGAAUUCAGUAAUUAGCACAUGUCCUAAUACUUUUGGCCAUAUAGUGUAUCAGCUUAAUACAAUCUAUUAAGUAAAAGUUUCACCCCGCUCUACCGUUCUGAGAUUUUAUUGUUUGGGAUUUUAAUACUGUGGACGUCUUGCUAGUACUGUGUUUGAUUCUAGCAAAAAAUCAAAAGACACAAAGUGUAAAUAGUGUAGAAAGUUUCAUUACCUGCUGGACAGGUAGCGAGUCUGCACAAUAAAUGCAACACCCACACAAUACUGCAUCAACUCAAGUACUCAAUCUCAUACACAAACCACUGAAACCGGAGUCGCAGUGUUACAGUACAGGAAAUGAUUUACUUUUAUUAUGCACCGAAAUGUUCAUCCUGUUUCAGAGGUGUGAGACUGAAUUCUUUCUCUCAUCAGGGGCCGAAUUACAGAAACAAUCUGUCCUUAGUUUUAAGUCUAAAUAUAAGAUAUGAUGUUUUACAUUUUCUUAUUCAUAAUAAAUUAUUUUCCUCAUGUCAGGAACUCGUACACAGCAAAUCAAGUUGACCGGCAAGUUGUAGGUUGUUGUAGCCUAGUGGUUAAGCAACUGGACUAGUACUUGAAAGGUCACUCUUUCAAACCCCACCACUGCCAGGUUGUGGCCUUGCCUUAGGGAAGGCCCUCAACCCUCAAUUGCUUGAUUUCCCUGGUACUUAGGUAAAUGCAGGGUCAUUCAAUUAUUCACUGUCUGUUUUUUACCACCACCUGUUCAGGGUACAAUUUACAGGUCCAUCACAAGUUAAAGGUCAUUUAUUUAAUCAUUUAUUUACUUAUUUUAGUAGCAACUUUUAAAAGGUGUUUCAGUUUAGUGUGUACAGUGGUUACACACAGCUUCAGCAGUUCAGGUUUGGCAUGUUAGCUGUGUAGGCGCUAUAGGGACGUAGCCGUAAUGUCUGUAAAGAUGUAGCCCACUACCACUGAGAUGUGGGGAUCCCUGGUUUAAAUCGCUGCGUUAUCGGGCCAGACUGGCGUCUGCACAGAUAUGAUGGGUGAGAGAGAUGUGUAAAUGCUAUCAUGCUGGCUUAUUCGAAGCAGAUGGCAUAGAUGGAUGGAUGGAUAUAUAGAUAUAGGGUUAGAUGGAUGGAUAUAUAGCUGGAUGGAUGGAUGGAUGGAUGGAUGGAUGGAUAGAUAGAUAGAUGGAUGGAUAUAUAGCUGGAUGGAUGGAUAUAUAGCUAGAUGGAUGGAUGGAUAGAUAGAACAUCAGUAAACGUACAUAUCUAUGAAUAGUAUAAAAAUAUUACUCCUAUAGCUAUUUACAUAUGUGGUAUUAGGUCUAUAUACAUGGUAAAAUAUACAUAAUAAUAAAAAUAAGAUCAGAAUGAGAAUAUUUGGUGUGUAUAAUAAUAAUACUAUGUAAAAUAAGUAACUAUAAUGGGUAUAUAAUUCUGCAGAUACAGAAUGUGUGAGGUAGACAGUACUAUGGAACGUGCAGCAUUUACUUAUUAGAAUGUUUAGUGUUAGAAACAGGAGCUUAAGGUAAAAGUUCUUUAUAUGUGGAGGUUUGAUAAUAAAGUUAGGAAACGUUAUUCUGUAAUAACUGAAUCAUGAUUAGGGAACAGAUUACAGUAUUUACAGUAUUUUACAUGUUUCAGUAGUUCGGCCCCUGCUGUGUUGAUCAAAAUCACACUUCAGCUUUUGUUUUACCUGCUUGCACUAAAUAUCUGUCCCAGGAGGAGGUGACACCCAGUCUCGUGUUCCUCAACACUGAUGUAGUUGUAAAUACACACUGAUAAAACACGUCUGUAGUCACUUCCUGUUACGGCCCUUCAGAAUUCAGGACCUGCGUUUUCUACAGGAUGAAACAGGGAACAUCAGAUCAGACCAGGUAUUUAUAUUCACUCACGAGUCCACGUUAGCUUAAACUGAUCACAAAAUGCACUAAAGUAAGACGCAGCAUCUUCUCAGGUUUCAUCCUUUUGUAAAUUAAAAGUCAGAAGUACUUUGUACUCAGAGGUUACAGUAUUGUUUUUAUGCAGAUUUGUGUAAAGGGACAAAACUAAAGAAUAAAUUUGUAAAUAUUAAUAUUUUGUGAAUGUUAUAUAUAUUUACUGUAUGAGAAUUGACCAUGUGUGUUUAAUUUGUAGUUAAUUUUACUAUUUUGUAAAGUCUAUUUAUCUAUCAUUCCUGCAUUUGGAGGCAAAUAUGUAAUUUACUCAAAUAAUAAAAAUAAUAAUUAA